CACCUGGGCAGCUCAGCUCAUAAUCAUGAAUCAUGAUGAUGCUGCAAACCACUACUUUUCUUUUUUUAUCUUGUUAACUGAAAGAAUUCCAUUCCAGUAGUAAAGUAAACGUUGGUGGAAGGAACAAGGAAACAACACCAGAAAAUUGUUUUUGAAAAGGAUUCCUCCAUAAUUCUUGUUUAAGGGUAAUGCUUCUAUGGGGAAAAAAGGGACUUGGUUUUCUGCAAUCAAGAGACUUUUUACAUCCAACUCCAAACUCAAUAACGAACCUAAACAAAACAAGGCCAGGUUUAAACAUGGAUCGUUUUUUCCCCGUUUCAGAGAGCCAAGCAGUAUUGAGAAAAUCUUGGGGGAAAUUGACCAACAACACAACCUUCACCUACUCCAACAAUCACAACCACCUUCAUCUACUCCAACAAUCACUUCUCCUACACUUGUUCAUCAUGAGAUUACAGAACCACCUCUACAACGCCUUUCAGCUACCAGGAUCCAGGCUGCCUUUAGAGGCUACAUGGCACGGAGGAGCUUCAACUCUAAACCUUUGACAACUGGUCUUCUGAGGCUUCAGGCUCUAGUUAGAGGUCAGCAUGUCAAGAGACAGACGGUCAAUGCCAUGAAGCAGAUGCAGCUGUUGGUCAGAGUCCAAACACAAAUACAGUCGCGAAGAAUCCAAAUGUUACAGAACCAACCACUCAAACCCCAACCUAACAAACAACUCAACAACCUACUACCGUCGUUGGAGAUGGGUGAUGAAUACUGGGAUGAUAGCUUGAUUACCAAAGAGGAAAGAGAAGCAAGGUUGCAGAGAAAAGUCGAGGCAGUGAUUAAGAGAGAGAAAGCCAUGGCUUAUGCAUACUCCCACCAGUUAUGGAAAACCACACCAAAUUCAGCUCAAAACUCUAUCCGAUCAGGUGGAUACCCCUGGUGGUGGAGCCGCUUAGAACGUCAAUUCCCUUGUGAUGUAAAGAAUAAUCAGUUUGCAAGCACACCUUCAAGGGCAACUCCUGUGAGUCCACGUUUGAUAAAGAAGCAAAACAACCAAUCACCAAUGUCAUCAAGGUCCAUGGUUCCUCCAAGAACAAGACAACGGAUGAGAUAUUCAAUGAAGGAUGACGACAGCUUGAUGAGCUGCCCAGCAUUUUCAGUUCCCAACUAUAUGAGUCCUACGGUUUCAGCCAAAGCAAAAGCAAGACCAACAAGUAAUCCCAAGGACAGGAUGCCGAGCAGUCCAGGUAGCGAAAGGAGGUUUUCAUUUCCACCAACUCCCAACAGCAAUGGGUCAUUGAAUUGGAAGAAAGGGUCUGGUAGCAGUAGGAAGCACAAGUCUCCGGGGUCUAUAGGGGAGUUGAGCAUGGAUUCUGCCAUUUCUGUGGAAAGGAGAAAAGCAUUUAACAGAUUUGUGUAAUUUUGUUUUGUGUGCUCACUUAUUCUAUUUAUUGUUAUUUUAACACGGCACCCAGCACCUGCACCAGCACCAGCACCAGCACCAGCACAGGUGAAUGAAUCUAUUACUAUUUAGUAUUACUAUUAUAUAUGGUAUGAUGAUGUAUUGAUGAGAGUGAGAGUGUGGUAAUAAAAAAGCAUGCAGUUUGGAAUA